AUGGCACUCGCUGGCAAGAACGUAUUCCUGAUCGGACCAGGAUUCAUUGGCCGGGAGGUCCUCGACCUUCUCCUGGCCGAGGGGUACUCUGUAACCGCCCUGGUGCGAAGAGAAUCCUCCGCAAAGGAGCUUGAACAGGACGGCGCGAAAACGGUCUUGGGAGGUCUCGACGACAGCGAGAUCAUCACCAAGCACACCAUCGCCAGCGACAUCGUGAUCCACACGGCCACUGCCGACCACUUGCCAUCGGUGCAGGCCGUCAUCCAGGGCGUCGAGGACCGUGCCAAGGACAACAAGAAGACGAUCUUCAUCCACACCAGCGGCACGAGUCUCCUCAGCGACGACGCGAAGGGCCAAUUCAAGGGCGAAAAAAUCUACUCCGACAACAGACAGGACGAGAUCGAUGCCCUUCCCGACACGGCCUCACACCGUUUGAUCGAUCUGGCGAUUUUACGCGCGGCCAAACGACUGACUUCAGCCGGCGCAAGGCUCGCGAUCAUGACUCCGCCCCUGAUCUACGGCAAGAGCCCGAAAUACAACCGCCUGUCCAUCCAGCUGCCGACCUUGACGCGCUUCGCCCUCAAGCACGGCUAUGCCGGCCAGGUAGGGAAAGGCGCGUCUGUGUGGUCGCAGAUCCACGUCAUUGAUCUCGCCAGGGCAUACAUCACUCUGCUGCAUUGGCUUGAGGCCGCAAGUGCCGACGAGAUCCUGAAGUUCCCGUAUUUCUUCUGCGAGAAUGGGCAUGAAGCUGCGUGGGCUGAUGCCGUCGCGGUGAUCGGGAAGGCCCUCCACGCUGCUGGAAGAAUCGAGUCGCCAGUGCCCAAAACGAUCCCCGAGGAUCUGUACGGUGACCUUUUCGGAAAAGCAAGCGCGUGGGUUGUCGCGUCGAACUCAAGGAGCCGGGCGGCUAAAUUGCGGGAGUUCGGUUGGGAGCCGAAAGAAAAGGGCCUGUUUGAGUCCCUGGUCGAGGACGAGAUUCCUCUCAUUCUGCAGGAAACGGGCGAGUUCAACGGAUAUGGACGUCCCGUGGUAUCUGGAGCCAUCGCGUAA